AAAAAAAAAAAGAAGAAAAUUGUGAAAGAAAUUAAUAUUCUUUCUCAUUUAUUUUCGUGGUGCAAAUUGUUCUCUUUUUGAACAUAAGUUCGAGUGUUUUAUUUAUUUAAAAAGUAUAAAAGAAAAUAUGGCCAAGUACGAAAUGUGUAUUACAUCACGCCCAUUGGUGACUCUUCUGGUGCUCAGCGUACUCGCGACGAUUUUGAUACCAGAACCAACCGAAGCCAGACCGUCCGGUCUCAUUAUCAGCAGACGUAAGAGAGUCUCGGAUCAAAGGCUUGCCGAAUUGGAAACUUUACUUGGAUUAUCAACGAAGAUGAAGGGCAAGGUGAUAGUCAUACCUGUUGGAUAUGGCGUUAUAGAUCCUGCUAAAGUUGGUCGCAAACGAAGAUCUGCAUCGGACGACAGUUUGAACAAAUUGAGCAAAAUUUUGCAAAUUGACAGACAAGAUUCAACUUUUCUACCGGAAGAGAAUAACGAGAUUCUGUCUCUACCAUUGAAAGAUGCAAGCGGUCAUUUAGAAAUCGAGAGACAAUAUUAGUCUAAUUGGAUGUUGCAAUAUCGACUGAGAAGAAGAUCGAAGCAAUCGAGUGUAGUAAGAGAAAAAAAAGAAAUUAAUAAAAAGAAGAAGAGGAGAAAGGAAAGAAAGAAAAAAAAAAAAAGAAGGAGAGAAAUAAUAAAGCAACUCGAUCGUGAACCGCCUAAAUCAGUAUUACGGAUCGUUCUCCGUCCGAGUUUGAUGCACUGAACUCUUUCAUGAAUUUAAAUGCGAUAAAUAAUUACGAUAAUAAGACACGACGAAUGAUGUUAAUAAAUUCUAUCGUGAUUCGUAGAUUGUAGUUCAAAUAGUUAAUACGAGAAAUGGAGAAAGGGAUAUAUAAGACAAAAAUUAGUAAAUUACGCAGUGCGACAACAAAAUGAAGAAUCUUCAUUGAAUGAAGAAGAAGAAGAAGAAGAAGAAGAAGAAGAAGAAGAAAA